CGUGUCAUGCAAAGACUGCUUUGGACUGCUGCCGCCGCCAUGACCGGGGUGUUGGUGAAUGCAUACCUUGCAGGCUUCCAGAACGCAAAGAUGUCGACGUAUAUGGCUCAACUGCGUUCGUCUGCAAACGAUCCCAUGAUCUGCCAAGGGGUUCUCAUCGACCCACACUACGCCCUCUUUAGUCGUGGAUGCGCCCAAAACCACGACGAAGCUGACAAAGUGGUGGUUGGGUCAAGUCGAACCAAUGGCGGGUUGGGCGACGGCGAGUUGAUUUCAGUGCUCAAGAAAUUCUACAGUGUCGACCGUACCCGGGAUUUUGCCAUGGUGCAGUUGGCGCGACCAUCCAACUUCACACCGGUGAAAAUCCUGUGGGACGACGUCGCCCCUGGCAAGGUGGUCUGGCUGCGUGGUUGGCAUCCAUUCAACAGCAACCUAUCUUUGAAUCGGCUGGUGGAAACCACGGUCCAAGUCAUUCCAAACAACAAAUGCCAGUUCAAGCUCAAUCGCUACGUGCGCGACAGCCAAGUAUGUGGUGAAAACGACGGCAUUGACAGCUGCAGUUCGUUCAUUUCUGGAUCCCUCAUCACCGAGCUUCGUGGACGCGAUUAUCUUAUUGGGACGUUGUUUGUGGGCAACUGCGAGUACGAGCCCGUGUACCAGAUAUUCAGUCGCCUCUCGGCCGACCGCACCUUUAUCGAGUCAUUCCUGAGCAAAGGAACGUAGCUACUUAAACUCGUCAAUAUUCAAUCAUGAGCAUCUCAAGA